UGCUGGUUCCUUUCCCCAGAUUUUUAUUUUUUUUUUAUUUUCUUUCUUGUUUAUUCUGUUCAAUUAUCGUAUUGCUUUUCAAACGGGCAUUCAUCAUAACAAGGCUUUACAAAGGUUGAAAGCAAAAAGGACACACACAAAAGGGCCGACGGAAGUUGGGCGUCAGUUUAGGAUUUUUGUUCCCCUCCGUGUGUACGUUACGCCAAAAAAAGUGACGAUUAGCCGCCUAGCCGUGUGCGCGUGAAAAAAGCCCCUUCACCCCGCCGGGACCCACCCAACUGCCCACCACCAACACACACACAGAUAAUCCAACACGACGACUGCAGUCUGCCCCAAACACUCGCCCCACAUCUCAUUGUUCGUCGAGCCCAACUAGCAAAAGGCACCGCAGACUCGGGACCUCCGACUUCCUCUUGAAAGGAGCAGACCUUGCGGACUCUGGUGACUUUUUUGUGGGGAGCAACAAGGCAUCCGAGAAUGAGGCGGGAGUGAUUCAACAGAGACCUUUUCAUUCCUCAAACAAGAACAGCAACAACGUACACAGCAAGUAGCGCAAAUGGCCGUUCCCCAACAACCUCCUUCUCCUGCCAAUAUUGCAAACUCACAUUUUGGGUUUGGGCAUUACCGAAGGGAUUCACGGACCAUGAUGGGGCAGACGGCAACCGACGCUCGCUUGCUACUCGAACGGACCGGUUCCGAUCUUCAAGCCUACUCCAUUUCUACCACACAGACGAACGUUCUUCCCCAACGGACAGCCUCCAGACAACCUACCUCGUACCCUUUACGUAGCAGCUCUACCACCUUUGCCCGGCACGUUGGAUCUGCAACACUGGCAACUCCUGUUCAGUUGUACGCGCCGUCAAACACCGAUCCAGCAUUGUACGCACAAUUCCCACAACACAUGCUAAAGCCCAUUGUAACGCUGCCACCUGUCCAGCAAACUCAGCAGCCAGCAUUUCUCGGUGGCGCUUCGGCCGAAACCUACCAUCAACACUUUCAAUCUUCCCUUCAGCAAACGUACGCUCAACCGCAUGCACCACAACUGCAACAACCAACAGCUGCACCAUCUUCACAAUCGCUGCAACUCUUGCAGCCGCUUGAGCCUCUGCAAUCCCUCCAACAAUCCGUUCAACAGCCGCAACAGCAGCAGCAGAAUCACCAUCAUGCAUCAACGCUCUAUUUUCCGCAGCACAACCUUCCCGCCGGAGCCACGGCCGUUGUCCCCGUCGCCCCCGGCGCCGCCUAUCCCCUCCACGCCGUCAAUUACAUCAAUGUUGCGAAUCCAAGCCCGUCAUUUGCCCACUUUACUGCCAACAUUACCCAAAUGCCGAAUCAAAUCUACUAUCAGCCGAUCAUGUAUCACCAACCUCAUCCGAUGCCGAUGCAUGCACUCGCAUAUGGCGGUUUGGCAUACAGUGGUCUUGGAACGCAGGAAAUCGUUGGAGGCUCGACAUUUAGCGCGCUGGGAACAUCAGGUAUUGAUGGGUGUAGCAUUGGAACAGGGUCCAUACCUGGAUCGGCAAUGGGACUGGUUCCUACGCCUGCUUCCAUUCCUCCGACCAGGGAAUGGUUGGAACAAGGACUCAGUAUAGCUCAUGACAAGUACAAUGCGGGCGACUUUACCGGUGCCUACAACCUACUGCAGACGCUGUACCAAGCGAAUCAAGCACAUCUUCCUACGCUACUCCUACUCGGAUGCACAUGUUAUUCGCUGAACCUGCAUCAGUUGUCCAUUCAUUACAACAAUCUGAUCCUGCAACUGGAUCCGCACUUUGCAGAGGCGUUUUCCAAUCUCGGAACAACCUAUCGGGCUAUGGCGCAGAGUGGUGUAAACAAUACCGGAAGUCCAAGCUACAACCUGAACAUGGCUGAGCAGUACUAUCGCAUUGCGAUUUCAAUUCGACCAAAGUACUGGGAUGCGAGUAUCAAUUUGGCAGGAUUGUUAAGCGCCCAUGGCCGUUAUGAUGAGGCGAUUCUCGUGUACACAGCAUAUGAGCGCGCUCUGGAAGAAGAGUUUGAAGCGGAUGAGAGAUUUGAUUUGAUGGUCGAUAUGGCCAGAGACGGCGCAGAAGACAGUGACUUUGUGACACUGCUGACCGACAUUGAGAAGCGACGAAAGGCGCGCAUCACCUAUGAAAAAGCAUCCGGUGCAAGUGCCACUGGUGAAGGUAGCGGCUGGACAGAUGGACGGCGUCGAGAUUUGUAUUACGCAAAGGCCAGUCUUAUUUAUGCGAUGGGGGAUAUCGUUCGCGCCAAGUACGAGUUUAUCAAGGGUCUGGUGGCGAUUGGUCUAGAUCUUGUUUCCGUCUAUUCUCAGGCUAGCAGUGGGGUGCUUCCUCUUCCAACCGUCACACCAGCGCAAUCUUUGGUGGCCUUGCAACAGCAGCAGCAACUUAAGGGCCUCAAGAUGAAUCUCGAGUACAAUAACACAGCCUCAGCCAUCCUGCAGACCCUGGCAAAGAUUUACCAGGACGCCCAGCAAAUGGCGUUGGCUGUGUCAUUCUACUACAUUGCGCUGAGUAUCUGUCCCAAUGCGAAUACCUGUAACAACAUCGGUAUUCUGCUUGCUCAACAGCGAUUACACGAAGCUAUUUCGUGGUACGAGUUUGGACUGAACCUCGAGCAGAACCACGUGCAUCUUUUGACGAAUCUAGGGUCUGCGUUGAAGGAUCGAGGGCAAGUGAAUGAAGGGAUCGCGUGCUACCAACGCGCAAUAUCUAUUCAACCCGAUUUCUUUAUUGCCUUGGCGAAUUUGGCGAAUGUGUAUAAGGAUUUGGGUCGUGUGGAAGAAGGAAUUGACCUCUACCGACGAGCCCUUAAAGUCAAACCCGAUUUUAUCGAAGCCUUUUGCAAUUACGUCAACAGUCUGUUGUUUAUUUGCGAUUGGGAAGAGCGGGAUAACAAUCUGAAGAGGAUCUAUCAGAUUGUUGAUCAGCAGCUUCGAGAUGGUCGCAAACAGGUGCCGAAAUUGGUACCGACUGUUCUACCAUUCCACACAUUUACCUAUGCCAGUUUGUCGGCUUGGAUGGUCCGUGAAAUCAGUCGGCGGAAUGCGGAGCGGGUGCUGUGGAAUGUGUUGGUUAGCGAUUGGUUCCCUGGAUUCCCAGAGCGACCUGUUAAAGGGGCGGCUGGACUAUUGGAUGGCAGAAAUAGUAGAAAGGUUUCAACGGUGCAGCCUAAUGCAAUGGAGCAGGCAAUGCAUUACCCGUAUCCUUAUCCACCACCACCACCGCCGAGCCCACACAUUCGGGUUGGAUACUUGUCGUCCGACUUUAAUAACCAUCCACUGGCACAUCUCAUGCAGUCCGUGUUUGGUCUGCACGAUCGGACGCGGUUCCAAGUUUAUUGCUAUUCGCUUUCUCCCACGGACAACUCACCAUAUCGGGCCAAAAUCGAACGGGAAGCAGAUGUCUUUUUGGAUGUGUCGAGUUGGUCCAUCAAGGAAAUCGUCGAGCGUAUCGCAUUGGUGGAUCAGAUUCAUAUUCUGUGCAAUUUGAAUGGGUACACCAAGGGCGGACGUAAUGAAGUCUUUGCUGCGCGUCCGGCUGUUGUGCAGAUGCAAUUUAUGGGAUUCGCUGGGACGAUGGGCGCGGGUUCCGUUUACGAUCCUGACAAUGAUAAGGAAGGUGAUAGCAAGGGGCAAUCAAAGAUUGAGGAGUUGUUAGAUGAUGGAGACGAUGUAAAUACGACUGAAGAAGACGAUGAUGAGAUGUUUGACAAUGUCAAGGAACGGUGGUUGGACUAUCUUUUAACGGAUGAAAUCGCAUCUCCGCGCAAAUUUGUGUGUGGUGAACCGCUGGAAGCAGACGAAAAGUUACCUACGGAUGGUACAAAGCUGAUACAUCGUGGUCUUGUCCGCCGAAAGGAUGAUGCAAAUAGGAUUUACACGGAAGGGCUGGUGUUUAUGCCCAAUACCUAUUUCGUAAACGAUCAUCGGCAGGGUUUCCGGGAGACGGAGGACGCUGAAAUUGAUGACAUUGUCAUGGGCCACGGGGCGUCUGUUAAGGUGGAAAACGGCAAAACCGGCGAUGUGGAUGAAGGAUAUGAUAGCGAUGAUGAUUUAACAGAGGAUGAGCGGUGUCGCUGGCGCAAAGAGCAGAUUCGGCGGUUGAAGAUGCGGGGAGAGCUGUUCCCAUGGUUGCGGGAAGAUACUGUUAUAUUUGCAAAUUUCAAUCAGUUGUACAAGGUGGAUCCUGAGAUUUUUGCAACGUGGAUGAGGAUUAUCAAACGCGUUCCAAAUUCAAUUCUUUGGCUGUUACGCUUUCCUCCUGCAGGAGAAGCGUAUUUGAGAAAGAAGGCUGUGGAAUUGGUUGGAGAGGCGGUUGCUCAGCGGCUCAUCUUCACUGAUGUGGCACCCAAACAUUUGCACAUCCAUCGCGGCCGUAUUGCGGAUGUUUUCUUGGACACGCCAGAGUGUAAUGCCCACACGACUGCCGCAGAUAUUUUGUGGAGCGGAACUCCGGUCGUCACUUACCCAAAAUAUGAUUUCAAAAUGUGCAGCCGAGUGUGUGCAUCCAUUGCGUAUGCAACGGGCCGAUGGUCGCGAUCGGAUCUAGCUGGUUUGGAAGGAGGGAUCGAGACUGCUGAACAAGCCCGGGCGGGUAUUCGGUUGGAAGGUGUGGAGCGGCUCAAGGACAAGUGGCUUCUGGGUCAUUGGAUGGUUGUCAAGAGUUACCAAGAGUACGAAGAUAUCGCUGUGAGACUCGGGCGUGGAAUGAAAUGGGGCUGGAAACGCGUUGACGCUUGGAGAGAUCAUGUACGAAUGACCAAUAAGCGACCGGUGGUCAAUACCAUUGUGGAAUCGAGGGCUAUUUCUACUAAUCCGGCAAGCACGAACCCGCGUAUCCCCCCCAGGCAUAUCUUGGCUCAACCACAAACGUCGCAAGAACACAGUCGACAAGUUACUCGAUCUCAAAUCAGCCAUACCAGCAACAGCAGCCAUAUCCCCAUGUCGAGCAGUAUUGCGUACGUCCUGAACCCGACCACCGUACCAUGUCUUCCAGAUACACCCCCACCGCAUCUGGCCCCUGCUACACCCUUUUAUCCCACCCGCCCCACCUGCACGCACAUUUACACGCCCUUGUCAAGCACCCUCGCCAUCCGCCUCCGCCGCCGUCUCUUUCUGACGCGAGAUGAGUGCGCCCUCUUUGAUACACCUCGUUGGGUAAGAGGUCUUGAACAAGCCUUUGAGAAGUCCUACGCGCGGUGGGCUCAGGCGUGGGCAAGACUUGAGCGAAGACGGGGCAUCCCGUCUAGCACGAAACGGAAGCAACGGGCCACGUCACGAUGUUUGUGGAUUAGGGACACUACUGUCCAUGGUGGACGGACGGGGCAUUUGAAUUCUAUUCAAACCGAGAGGAUGUGAAGGGAGAGCUGAACAUUGGGAUACACAAUGGAUUGAGUUGUGUGUUUUAUUUUCUUGUGUAAUUUUCUCUGUGUGUUUUAUUUCUCUUUUUUUGUAUGUAGUCUGGGUGGGAUGUAUCCUCAAGGUGAGAGAGUAUAAUACGGGUUUUACAGUUGGGAAUCAUUGGGUGGAGUGUGUUUUGGGCGUGGUAGACUUUUUUUUUUUUUGUUGCGUUUGCUGUUUUUGCUGCCAGUGCGGUGCAAAACAAGUUU